AUGCCUACUUCGAGGACGCUUCUAGUACUUGGCUCUGGCCCCGGAAUUGGUGUAGCCGUGGCAUCCCGUUUUGCCCAAGAGCAUUUCGAUUGCGUUGCAAUUUUUGCCCGGACAGGAUCACAGCUCCAGCUGGACCAAGACGCCAUCCACACCGCCGUACAAAAGGUCAGGCGCGAGGUGGUUGUCAAAGCAUGGCAGGUGGAUAUCACUCGAGUUGGUGGGAGCAAUUUCUUUGAUUUUCCGACGGAGGAAAUGAAAAGUGACUUUCAGUGGGCAGUGCCCCUACUGCUCAAGAACAAGGAGAAGAACCCUGGACUAGACUAUAAGCCGUCCAUCCUUGUGACAAGCAGUCUCCUUCCCGUCGACCCGAUACCAGAGCUGUUCUCGUUGUCAUUGGUGAAGGCUGCACAGGCAAAUAUGGUCAAGUCACUAGAGAAGAUGUUCAGGGCUCGAGGUAUGAGUCAAUUUACAGACAUCAAUCAUUUAUUGAAUGCCGAAGUGCUCUUUGAAGAACUGGACCAUCUCAAUGAAGUGCCUAACCCAUUGGGGCAGAACUAUGCAGAGCAUCACUUCGAAGAGCCAGAUUUCAGCUGUUUUGGACAUCAGCUCUGGCUAUAG